AUGUUGUCUGCCUCUAGAAGAACAUUGAAGUCCGUUCCACGUAGUGUUCGUGGCCUCGCUUCUCUUUCCAGAGAUUCGAAGGUCCACCAAAACUUGUUGGAGGACUUCUCCUACAUCCAAUACAAGAAGAACUUGGAGAACGUCAACAUCGUCAAGGAGAGAUUGAACAGACCUUUGACCUACGCCGAGAAGUUGUUGUACGGUCACUUGGACAACCCUCACGAGCAAGACAUCGAGAGAGGUGUUUCUUACUUGAAGUUGAGACCAGACAGAGUUGCCUGUCAAGAUGCCACCGCCCAGAUGGCCAUUUUGCAGUUCAUGUCUGCCGGUAUGCCUCAGGUUGCCACCCCAUCCACCGUCCACUGUGACCACUUGAUCCAAGCUCAAGUUGGUGGUGCCAAGGACUUGAAGAGAGCCAUUGACUUGAACAAGGAGGUUUUCGACUUCUUGGCCUCUGCCUGUGCCAAGUACAACUUGGGUUUCUGGAAGCCAGGUUCCGGUAUCAUCCACCAGAUCGUCUUGGAGAACUACGCUUUCCCAGGUGCUUUGUUGAUUGGUACUGACUCUCACACUCCAAACGCUGGUGGUUUGGGUCAAUUGGCCAUCGGUGUCGGUGGUGCUGACGCUGUCGAUGUCAUGGCUAACUUGCCAUGGGAGUUGAAGGCUCCAAAGAUCAUUGGUGUUAAGUUGACCGGUAAGAUGUCUGGUUGGACUUCUCCAAAGGAUAUCAUCUUGAAGUUGGCUGGUAUCACCACUGUCAAGGGUGGUACCGGUGCUAUUGUCGAGUACUUCGGUGACGGUGUCGACACCUUCUCUUGUACCGGUAUGGGUACCAUCUGUAACAUGGGUGCUGAGAUUGGUGCCACCACCUCUGUUUUCCCAUUCAACAAGUCCAUGACUGAGUACUUGGACGCUACUGGAAGAAGCGAGAUUGCUCAAUUCGCCCAGCUCUACCAAAAGGACUUCUUGUCUGCCGAUGAGGGUUGUGAGUACGACCAAGUCAUCGAGAUCGACUUGAACACUUUGGAGCCACACAUCAACGGUCCAUUCACCCCAGAUUUGGCUACCCCAGUUUCCAAGAUGAAGGAGACCGCCAUUGCCAACGACUGGCCAUUGGAGGUUAAGGUCGGUUUGAUUGGUUCUUGUACCAACUCCUCUUACGAGGACAUGACCAGAUCUGCUUCCAUCAUCAAGGACGCUGCUGCUCACGGUUUGAAGUCUAAGUCUAUCUUCACCAUCUCCCCAGGUUCCGAGCAAGUUAGAGCCACUAUUGCCAGAGACGGUCAAUUGCAAACCUUCGAGGACUUCGGUGGUGUUGUCAUGGCCAACGCUUGUGGUCCAUGUAUCGGUCAAUGGGACAGACAAGACGUCAAGAAGGGUGACAAGAACACCAUUGUCUCUUCUUUCAACAGAAACUUCACUGCCAGAAACGACGGUAACCCAGCUACCCACGCUUUCGUCGCUUCUCCAGACAUGGUCACCGCUUACGCCAUCUCUGGUGACUUGGGUUUCAACCCAAUCACUGACACCUUGAAGGACUCUGAGGGUAACGAGUUCAAGUUGGCUGAGCCAAAGGGUGUUGGUUUGCCACCAAACGGUUACGACAAGGGUGAGAACACUUACCAAGCUCCACCAGCUGACAGAGCCUCUGUCAAUGUUGUCAUUGAGCCAACCUCCGACAGAUUGCAAAAGUUGACUCCAUUCAAGCCAUGGGAUGGUAAGGAUGCCGAGAGAUUGCCAAUCUUGAUCAAGGCUGUUGGUAAGACCACCACUGACCACAUUUCGAUGGCUGGUCCAUGGUUGAAGUACCGUGGACACUUGGAGAACAUCUCCAACAACUACAUGAUCGGUGCUAUCAACGCCGAGAACGGUGAGGCUAACAACGUCAAGAACCACUACACUGGUGAGUACAAGGGUGUUCCAGACACUGCUGCCGACUACAGAGACGCUGGUCGCAAGUGGGUUGUCAUCGGUGACGAGAACUUCGGUGAGGGUUCUUCCAGAGAGCACGCUGCUUUGGAGCCAAGAUUCUUGGGUGGUUUCGCUAUCAUUACCAAGUCUUUCGCUCGUAUCCACGAGACCAACUUGAAGAAGCAAGGUUUGUUGCCAUUGAACUUCGUCAACGUUGCUGACUACGACAAGAUCAACCCAGACGAUGAGAUUGACAUUGUUGGUUUGACCGAGCUUACCCCAGGUAAGAACCUCGUCAUGAGAGUUCACCCUAAGAACGGUGACGCUUGGGAGACCGAGUUGUCCCACACUUACAACUCCGAGCAAAUCGAGUGGUUCAAGUACGGUUCCGCCUUGAACAAGAUGGCCGCUAACUAA